AUGGCGGCUGCUGCUGCUGAGUCUCAUGCUCGCCUUGACGGUAGAUUCUGGUUGGAAGGAACACCGUAUUUGGCAGAAGAGAAUGUCGGAGCAGGAGCGUAUGGAGUUGUUUGCAAAGCAAUGGAUACGAGAAUAAAAAAGCAAGUAGCCAUCAAGAAAAUUCCUCGUGCAUUCACUGCUCAUACUUUGGCUAAACGAUCUUUGCGAGAAGUCCGAAUUCUUCGGGAACUACUUCAUGAGAAUAUUAUCGCUGUAUUAGAUAUGUUCACAGCUGAAGGAUCACACGGAAAAGACAUUUAUCUUGUUAUGGAUCUCAUGGAGACAGAUCUUCACCAAAUUCUCCAUUCCCGACAGACUUUGAUGGAGCAACACUUUCAGUACUUCUUCUAUCAACUGCUGAGAGGUUUGAAGUAUCUGCACUCUGCUGGAAUCAUUCAUCGAGAUUUGAAGCCAUCGAAUCUUCUUCUCAAUGGAGAUUGUCUUCUAAGAAUUGCAGAUUUUGGAAUGGCAAGAGCGUGCGCAUCGGCAAGCACUGUAAGAGAUGAUGCGUCUGUUGGAGGGCAUAUGACACAAUAUGUAUCGACUCGCUGGUAUCGUGCUCCAGAAAUUCUGUUCUCAAUGGUGGAAUAUGAUACUAAAGUGGAUUUGUGGUCAGCAGGUUGUAUAUUUGCAGAAAUGCUUCUCCGUCGUCAGCUAUUCCCGGGAAAGGACUCGGUGUCUCAAAUAAAAAUGAUUGUUUAUUAUUUGGGAAAUCCCGAAGAAGAAGUUAUCAAUAAAAUUAGUUCGCAAUUAGUUAGAGAUUCAAUCGAGGCAUGUGGACGAAAAACUCCUCUUCCGUUUUCUGCGAUCUUCCCAAAAGCGAGCCCAGAAGCUAGAGAUAUGGUUUCGUAUCUUCUACAAAUUUCCCCGUGGAGACGUUACUCAGCAGAUCAGAUACUUCAGCAUCCAUUCAUGGCUCAGUAUCACAACGAGCAAUAUGAACCACUUUGUCCACCAAGAGUCCAAGUCGAUGUAGAUGCCAUUGAAAAGUACGCUGGAACAGAAGUCGUUGCCGGAUUGGACGAAGAAGCGAGAAUCUUCGAGGUGCGACGUGGCACGAACUACGACACCAGGAAAGAGCCACCUCCGUACCUUGACGAGCAUUCAAAUCAGAUAUUCGAACCAGACAAAGAAGGAAAAAUGGGACCUAGAGAAGAUCCAACUGACUAUUUAGGAGUGAUGAGACAGUUUGAGAAGACUCGCGAAGCAAAAUCAGAAGAAAAUGGAGACGAGUAUGAUUCAGAGGAAACUCUGACGAGUCUUUCGUCUGCAGAAACUAUUGAUACUGUUUUAGAAGUGGAGAUUCAUAGAAAAGAUUCUGAGGAGAACUCUUCAACGGAUAGUGGUAUGGAACCAUCAACAAGUUGUUCAAUGGUCCAGGAGAUCUUCAAAAAUGGAAUCAAUUGGCCAAUAGAUGUGUCAAGUACAUCAAGUGCACCGCCCAUGCUAUCCGGUGGAAUCUCUGCUCCGAAAAAGGUCAGGAACCUUAUCGAUAAACAGAACAUAGAACGAAUUCGAGAGGGAUACAGUGAAAAACGUCGUUUCAUUCCAAAGAUUCGAGACAAACGGGCGUCAAGUGAUUCUUCUUCAAAACUUGAUGACAAAGAACGUAUCGUGAGAUUGCGAAAGUCUCGACAAGAGCUCAGGAAGAUAAGUAAAGAUGAUUGUGAUCGUGCAGCGUGA